UAGAUGCUUUACUCGAAUAUUCUCGAUAUCUCUUGUAAUUUCUCAUCGACAGAGCGCGCUUAUCGUGGAGUAUAUAAGAGACGAAGCGCGCGGUAGGUGAAACAGUUUGAAUUGACAAAGCGUUGAGCGAGUUAGUAUUGUUUUGUGCGAGUUUUGAAAAACAAACAAGUUUUCAAAAUGUCUUUGAUGCCGUAUUGGAUGCGUCAUCUGAGGAAUUUGGCUUACCGUGAUCCUGUCAUUAGGGCUUUGGAGGAUCCAUUCGCUGUCUUCGCCAAGGACCCAUUUUUUAGAGAUCCUCUGAAAUAUAUGAAACAAGUGACAUCUCCAACUGAAGAUCAUCAUGGGAUUGAAGGCGUAUAUUCCGAUUCCGAAGUUAAGGUUGAUGGAAAGAAGGUGGAGGUGCAUUUAGAUGUGCAGAAUUUCAGUCCAGAACAGAUUCAAGUGAAGACAGUCGGGAACGAGAUAAUGGUUGAAGGGAAGAAAGAGAUAAAACGUGAGGAUGGAUGGACAAGGAGUCAUUUUGAACGUAGAUUUUUGUUACCUGAUGGAUUCCCUCCGGAGCGCGUCGAAUGUCACCUGGAUAAAGGCAAGCUGAAGUUGGUCGCCUUCAGAUCGGAACCUUUGUCAGAAAGGACUAUUCCUAUCCAGGAUAAGUCGUCUGAGAAGGAAAAAUCGUGAAGAGUUUACUUGUUUCUUUGAAAUUUGCGUACAUACUUUUUAUUGCGUCAGACUGAUUAGUUUGUAAUUUUAACUCGUUUAUAGAUUUUAAAUAAAAUAAUUUUAGUUU